AGCUAGAAAGACCUAUCGCCACCAGGCCCGGUCCCGAGGGAAAGGAAUCCAGCAAGGCAGCCAGGAGCGCGCCCCCACCCGCCGGCGACGGCCACAUGCCGACCGCCUCCUGCCUCCGCCCGCCUCUCCGCAGCGGCCGCUCCGCCGCGGCGGGCCUCAGGUUCCCUCCCCCGGCGCAGCUCUACCCGGCGGGGCUGGCGAUUGGGAGCUGGCGGAGGAGGCUCGCCGGGGUCGGGGUGGCUGCCGCCUCCGCCUCGCCCUUCGACGAGCUCUACGCGCGGGGAAGGCCCAUCCACGGCCCCUCCAAGAAAUCUACCUUGUGGAAUUUGAUCCAAGACAUAGAGCCUUUGGAUCUUAGUGUCAUUCAGAAAGAUGUUCCUCUUGAAACGGUUGAUGCAAUGAAGAGGACCAUCUCUGGCAUGUUGGGUCUGCUUCCAUCUGAUCAGUUCCGUGUUGUUGUAGAAGCCCUUUGGAGUCCAUUUUUCAAGUUAUUGGUAUCUUCAAUCAUGACUGGGUAUACUCUACGUAAUGCUGAAUGCAGGCUCUCUUUUGAAAGGAACCUAGAACUUUCUGAAGAAGAUGCUGAAUGUGAGAAAAGAGACACGACUGAAGAUAAUCUUCAUGAUAUCAAUUUGGGUAGGCCUGUUACAAUUUUCAGAUUAUCGGAAGACGACAUGCCCCAGGACUCUGGAAAAAGUGACGAAGAAUCAUCUGGUGAGAGUAUGGGGGAAAUGUUAAGUAACUUAACACCCCAAGCGGAAGAGCAGAUUAUUCGGUUGCAAUCUCGUUUGGAUGCGAUGAAAAAGGAGUUGCAUGACCUGAAGAGGAAAAAUUCUGCCCUUCAAAUGCAACAGUUUGUUGGAGAAGAGAAAAAUGAUCUGCUAGACUAUCUAAGAUCCCUAACACCAGAGAAGGUUGCUGAACUCUCGGAAUCCACCUGUCCCGGUGUGCAAGAGGCUAUCCAGUCUGUUGUGCAUGGUUUGCUUGCUACUCUUUCCCCCAAGGUACACUCAAAGUCUCCUCCGCCACUAGAGAAUGCUGGGGGAGCCCUAAAUCGUGGGGGUGAGGACGAUGACUGUGCAGAGCUUGUCGAGAAUACUUCCCUCCCGUUUCAGCCCCUAAUAUCUGUCCCACGUGAUUAUCUUGCACGUUUGCUAUUCUGGUGCAUGUUGCUGGGUCACUACAUCCGGGGUCUGGAAUACCGGUUAGAGCUGGCACACCUUCUCAGAAUAUCUAGCGACGUGGGGUCUUUCCCCAUUGAUGACGAUCAUUUUAUUUGAGAAAGCUUCGCUGGCUUAUUGAGAUCCAUCAGCGAAGAGGAUGAAAAUGCACUGGCCAAGAGGCCGCAGAAGUUGCUGUUUGGGGCAUUUCCUGACAAUGAAACAGGGAGUUCUGGGCCAUAGCUCCUGUUGUAGUUCUUGUAAAGUCGGAACGAAGGCGUUUGGGUGUAAAGUUAGUGUUACAUAUCAAUGUGAACAAUAUAUUUUAUUUCCUUCUAUUUAUUGUGUCGUAUACAAAAUAAACAUGUUGUUCUUGCUGCUAAUCUCGUGGUAGCAUGGUGGAUACUGGGUAUUAGGCAUCCCUUGUACUCAUAGGUUGUAUGUAUUUGUCUAAUGUUUAUCACGUGAAUGAUAUUAUAUUGUCGAGUCGUA